CCAUGGCAAGGUCGUGAUGAAAGAGGGACGCAACCCCUCAUCAGCUGAUUCUCAUUUACAAUCAUUACCACGAUACUGGAGGAUUAUCUCAGUUUAGUCUUCAGUGUUUUGCAUUGUUACUGCUCACUUUUACCAGUUUAGUGACGGCCGUUUAAUUCACCCUUGGCGUGCCAUCAGUGCCGAAGGCAGCUAAAGCACCAAAACCACUGACUUCAGUGAAUGAAUUAAAACAUUACAGAGGAAUCACCUCUCCAAAUCGUGUACUUUCUGACUGAGUGGCUCUAAUCUAAUCCUCUUGAAAUCUUGCCUGAUCAGAGGGUGUCCGUGAGAUUUUGCAUCUAAUUCCCCGCCUUUAAGUUCUCUUUCGUUACACUCUAUUUAGUUCACGUUCUUUCCAAAGAUGAUAAUUCUUUGAGCAUGUUUAUAAUCUAGGACUGUUACUAUGAGUGACACCUACCAAAACAGCUCCUCCAACAUUGAUAGGCAUCUGGCACUGCGAUCUUCCUCAGUGCCCUCAUCAUGUCUCCGAAACAAUCAGGAUGGAAAUUUUAGAGGAGCAUCGAUUGUCAGGAACGUAUCUUUUCCUGCUGAUGAAAGUCAAAUUGUCUCGGGCUUUCUUGAACCUGCCAACCCAUGGGAAUAUGCAAGAAAUGUCACAACUGAAGCAUUAACCAAUGAGUACAUCGAUUCAUGUACGAAACAUGGCGUCAGUGCUUUACCAGCUGUAUUAGAGCAGAUUAAGAAAAUCAACUUUGAUCUCGAUCGUAAUGAAAUACUUGAUCUCAAAGGGUCCUAUUUAACAGUUGCUCACUGUGAAGCGCUUGAAGAAAUUUUCAAGCGUGUCCAAUUUGUGGUCCUCAAUGUUGGGUCCACUUGCUUAGAUGAUGAGGCCGCAACAUCUUUAUUUGAUAUGUUAGAAUAUUAUGAAUCAGCCACGCACUUAGUACUGUCUGACAAUCAUCUCAUUGAUUCCAGAGGCUGGCAGGCCUGCUCACGAAUGAUCAAAAGGAUGCGGUGCUUAGAAAUUUUAGAAGCAAGAAGUGUAAGUUUAAAUGAUCAAUUGAUGCCAUUGCUCACAAGAUCUUUAAGAGUGGGAUCGCAGCUACAAGUUUUGAAGUUGGAAAAUUGCCACUUAACGGGUCGUCCUUUCCUUAUAUUAGUGUCAGCUUUAAAACUCAACACCAACCUGAAGGAGCUAUUCCUCGGCGAAAACUACUUAGAUGCCACUGAUGCAGCUCAAAUUGGAUCCUUGUUGAAAUGCAACAACACCCUUCAGUUUUUAGAUAUUAGUAACAAUAUAAUUUUGGAUGCUGGUUUGGGUCAUAUUGCUGAAGGAAUAUCCGAACAAACUGGCCCUGGCUUGAACAUGCUAGUGGUAUGGAACAAUCAUCUUACAUAUGGUGCAGCAAAGUUCAUAUCGCUCAUCUUGGCUCGAAGCUCUAGCCUAGAAAUGUUAAAUGUUGGCCAAAACAUCCUGACCAGUGAUGUCAUCUACACCAUCAAAGAAGGGCUGCAGCAGAAUCAUAUGUUGUUAAAAUUUGGACUGCAGUCUACCAAUCUUACUUGCGAGGGAGCCAUAGCACUUGCAGAAGUCAUUGCAGAUAACUGUACUUUGCAAAGGAUAGACUUGCGAGAUAACAACUUCCAAGUAGCUGGAUUAAUUGCUUUAUCUUUGUCCAUGAAGGAAAAUUUGACGAUUACUCAGUUAGAUCUUGAUGACACUCCGCAAAAUUAUGCUUCGGUUAGUUGAACAAAGCUUUCACUA